AAAAAGUAAAAUAAAAAAUACAAUACUUUGGUCUUACUCACUUACGCACCAAGAUAUCCCAAGUCAUUUCCUUCCUGGUGUCGACUGAUGGACCACCGGAACAGAGCACUGCGCACACCCGGCGCAUUUUAGUAAGAUACACCUGCCUUCAAUUGCAGCUCCAGUUCCAGAGUUCCACCCUUUCGCUCUGUUUGACUCUCCGAUUGAAAUCUCGCAGAGGCUCGUCUCGUUCCAUCUUCUUCAUUGACUCCACCUCCCCCAAACCCGCGAUGCUCACCACGAGAAGUGUAUCGGGGUCGUCGCAGAGCCCUAGAUCUCCAUCCUCGCAGCCGUACCUGUCAGUCUCAGUGACUGAUCCUGUGAAAUUGGGCAAUGGCGUCCAGGCCUAUAUCUCCUAUCGUGUAAUCACCAAGACAAAUUUUCCCGAGUACCAAGGGCCGGAGAAGAUUGUUAUUAGACGGUACAGUGAUUUUGUUUGGCUACGUGACCGUCUUUUUGAAAAAUACAAAGGAGUUUUUAUUCCUCCUCUCCCUGAAAAGAGUGCUGUAGAAAAGUUCCGUUUCAGUGCUGAAUUCAUUGAGAUGAGGCGUCAAGCAUUGGAUGUAUUUGUUAAUCGAAUAGCUUCACAUCAUGAGCUUCAGCAAAGUGAGGAUCUGAGAACCUUCUUGCAGGCAGAUGAAGAGACAAUGGAGAGAUUAAGGUUUCAUGAGACUGGUAUCUUUAAGAAGAAGCCGGCAGAUUUGAUGCAAAUCUUCAAGGAUGUACAAUCUAAAGUGAGCGAUGUUGUUCUUGGAAAGGAAAAGCCAGUGGAAGAGUCAAAUCCAGAAUAUGAGAAGUUGAAACACUACAUCUUUGAGCUUGAAAACCACUUGGCUGAAGCCCAGAAGCAUGCAUACCGUCUUGUAAAGAGGCACAGAGAGCUUGGACAGUCUCUCUCAGAUUUCGGGAAAGCAGCCAAGCUCCUUGGAGCUUGUGAAGGUAAUGCUCUUGGAAAGGCUUUCACUGAGCUUGGGGCAAAGUCAGAGGCAUUAUCAAUCAGACUGCAAAAGGAGGCUCACCAACUCUUAAUGAGUUUUGAAGAACCCUUGAAAGAUUAUUUUCGCGCUGUGCAAUCUAUUAAGGCCACGAUAGCUGAGAGAGCAAAUGCCUUCAGGCAACAGUGUGAACUUGCUGAAACAAUUAAGUUGAAGGAGAUAAAUCUUGAAAAACUCAUGCUAACACGAUCAGACAGGGUUGGAGAAGCAGAGCACGAGUACAAGGAGUUGAAGGCUGAGGGUGAAGAAGUGAGUAGAAGAUUUGAAACAAUGGUGCGACUGAUGAACGAAGAGAUCGUCCGUUUUCAGGAACAAAAAACAAUAGACAUGGGGAUUGCUUUCCACGAAUUUGCCAAAGGACAGGCACGUCUGGCAAAUAGUAUUGCAGAUGCUUGGCGAAGUCUCCUCCCCAAGCUUGAAACUUGUUCCUCUGCAUAGCUAAUGAAUUUCAAACACGAGCAGUACACUUCACUUGGUUCGUAGAGAUGGCAGGGCAGCUCUUGCUUUGUAAAAACUGUCGACCUUCAGGAGUUUGUUCUGCUCUUCUGGUGUUGUACGAGUUGUGGUUUACAAAUUUGUUUAAAUCCAUUUUAACUUAUUACCUGUACAAAUUCAGAGCUAAUUGAAAAGCUUUACUAUCUGCUUUGUCAUUUGCAGAGCAAACCACUAAUAGAUUUUCAUGUGUACCUCACACAUUGGACUUAUUUUCACAUUUUACUGUACUUUGAAAUGUUGAAUUCUCCCUGAGUUGACCAUUGAAAUUGAAAUCUCGUUACUUA